UAACUUUGCAUUUUAGGGUUUCAUGCGGAGAAACGAAAUCAUGCUCAGGAGGAGAAAUUGACGCCAGAAACCACUGCGAAUCCACUCUGCUUCUGGAUUUUGCUAAGCUUCUACGAAGAUUCAAGACUGAACAUUCUCGCGAGAUUAUCCUAUUCGAUCAAUGUUGCGUGUUUUCUGCAAAACUCUACUUAUAACGAAAGCUAAAGAUUCUACGAGUAGCCAUGGUUUUUUUCUUCGAACAAUAUCAUCCGCAGAAUCAACCUCAGGAACCUUGGUCUCCACAAACCAAAAAAAUCUUACCAUCUAUUACCUCGUGAAUUCAUGUGGGUUAUCGUUCAAAGUCGCUACUUCAAUGGCACAGAAGAUCCACAUCUGGACCACAGAGAGACCAGACUCUGUCAUUGAGCUCUUACGAACAAAUGGAUUGACCAACACUCACAUUGCUAAGCUGAUAAAGAUGUAUCCACGGCUGCUUUUCUACGAUCCCGUCAAAACCCUUAAACCCAAGAUCGAGUUCUUUCAAUCUCUGGGCUUUUCAAGAUCUGACCUAGCUAAGUUCAUCUGCUCAGACAAAGCCAUUCUACUCAGCAGCUUGCAAAAUCAAAUAAUCCCAACCUUAAAUUUCCUCAAAACCUUUGUCCUCACCAACGAGAACCUCGUCAGUGCUCUCAAGCAAUACAACCGCCUCGUUGGUUAUAACGUUAAGAAAAUUUUGGAGCCCCACGUUGCAACCUUGCGAAGUUACGGUGUACCAGAUUUCAAUAUUUCGAAGAUGAUCAUCUCCGUACCCAAGCCACUGGGGCUGAGUAUUUUACGAUUCAAGGAUAUUACUGCAAUGGUGAACAGAAUGGGUUUUGAUCCCAACAGUCGUUCAUUUGUUGUAGCCAUUUACUCUAUGUCGGGGUUGAGCAAACAGAGCUGGGAAAGGAAAAGGGAGGCCUUUAGGAGCUUUGGUUGGUCCGAUGACGAAUUUCUUUUGGCCUUUAAGGUACAGUCGAGGAUCAUGCUCACUUCGGAGAAGAAGCUUGGAAAAUUGAUGGAUUUCUUUGUGAAAGACCUGCAUUUGAAGCCAUCAGAUGUUGCGAAAUACCCGAACCUUUUCUUACUAAGUUUGGAAAGGAGAAUCAUUCCGAGGUGUUCGGUGCUGCAAGUUCUGAUGUCCAAGGGUGUUAUUAAGAAGGAUGUGCAUAUAGUUUCAGUGCUAAAUUCGAACAAACAGAGUUUUGAGAAGAGGUUUGUCACUAGAUAUGAGGGGGAAACCCCUGAGGUAAUCAAAGCAUACGAAGGUGAGAUGGGAUUUCUAGGAUUUGACAGAUGAAACUGGUGUUGAAGAUGAUGGAAGAAUUAAGUAAAUGAAUUGAAGGAUCCCAAGACAGAUCGAUGCCAAUCGUGGAUUUGCCAAGUGGAUUGGAGGUUCUGGUGCUGAACAAUGGGCUUGG